AUGGAGAAAACAAACGGAAGAGAGUUCCUGUCUACAGUGGACACUAGCAGAGACAACCUGAGGCUGGAGCUCACGGAAGAAGGGCUCAAUCCUGAGGGAACCAAGAGGACUGAGGAGCAAGGACACAGCUUGGGGAAUGGGCUGGGGCUUCCCACUCACCACAGGAGGUACCAACAACCUUUCAUCAAAGCAAGACAAUUCUGCAAAACACACACCAGCUUAUUCAAGAAAAUCCUGUUGGGCCUAUUGUGUUUAGCAUAUGCUGCCUAUUUCCUGGCAGCUUGUAUCUUGAAUUUCCAGAGGGCACUGGCCUUAUUCGUCCUCACGUGUUUGGUGGUCUUUAUCCUGGUUCAACGCUUACUGAAGAAGCACUUGGGUGAAAAGUUAAUACAAUGUCUGAAGCCCUUUGAAAACUCCCGCCUGAAGCUUUGGGCAAGAUGGGUGUUUGCAGGACUCUCCUUGAUUGGUCUUAUCCUAUGGCUGGCUCUAGACACAGCUCAAAGGCCAGAGCAGCUGAUGUCCUUCGCAGGAAUCUGCAUGUUCAUCAUCAUACUCUUUGCCUGCUCCAAACACCACAGUGCAGUGUCCUGGAGGACAGUGCUUUGGGGCCUGGGUCUUCAAUUUGUCUUUGGAAUCUUGGUCAUCAGAACUGAUCCUGGAUUUAUUGCAUUCCAGUGGCUGGGAAACCAGGUUCAGAUAUUCCUGAACUACACCGUGGCUGGAUCCAGUUUUGUCUUUGGGGAUACGCUUGUCAAGGAUGUCUUUGCUUUUCAGGCCUUACCAAUUAUUCUUUUCUUUGGAUGUGUGAUGUCCAUGCUCUACUAUCUGGGCCUUGUGCAGUGGGUAGUUCAGAAGAUUGCCUGGUGUUUGCAAAUCACCAUGGGCACCACUGCCACUGAGACCUUGGCUGUGGCAGGAAACAUCUUUGUGGGCAUGACAGAGGCACCUCUGCUCAUUCGUCCAUACCUUGGAGACAUGACACUCUCUGAAAUCCAUGCAGUGAUGACUGGAGGGUUUGCCACCAUUUCAGGCACUGUAUUGGGAGCCUACAUCUCCUUUGGGAUCAGCCCAGCAUCCUUGAUUUCUGCCUCUGUGAUGGCUGCCCCUUGUGCUCUUGCCUUGUCAAAGCUGAUAUAUCCAGAAGUGGAAGAGUCUAAGUUUAAGAAUGGGAAGGGGGUAAAGCUUCCCCGUGGGAAGGAGAGAAAUAUCCUGGAAGCUGCCAGCAAUGGAGCCACAGAUGCCAUAGGCCUUGCUGCUAAUGUAGCAGCCAACCUGAUCACCUUUUUGGCUGUGUUGGCCUUCAUCAAUGCUGCCCUCGCCUGGCUAGGGGAAUUGGUGGAGAUACAGGGGCUCAGUUUCCAGGUCAUCUGCUCCUAUAUUCUAAGGCCCAUGGUCUUCAUGAUGGGUGUAGAGUGGGCAGAAUGUCCAAUAGUGGCUGAGCUGGUGGGGAUCAAGUUCUUCAUAAAUGAGUUUGUGGCCUAUCAGCAUCUGUCUCAAUACAAACAUAAACGUCUCUCUGGAGUGGAGGAGUGGAUUGGUGGUGAGAAACAGUGGAUUUCAGAGAGAGCAGAAGUCAUUGCAACAUUUUCAAUCUGUGGAUUUUCCAAUCUUAGUUCCAUGGGAAUCACACUGGGAGGCUUGACAUCAAUGGUACCUCACCGGAAGAGUGACUUAUCCAAGAUUGUGGUCAGUGCCCUCUUCACAGGGGCCUUUGUAUCCUUUAUCAGUGCCUGUAUGGCAGGAAUCCUCUAUGUCCCCAGGGGAGUGGGAGUUGACUGUGUCUCCUUCCUAAGCACAAGUUUCACCAACAGCAGCUAUGAAACCUAUGUGUGUUGUAAAGAGCUGUUUCAGAGUACUUCUCUGAAUGGCACCAACACUCCUUCUUUUUCUGGUCCCUGGGAAGGCAAUGAGUUCAGUGCCUUGGUGUUUGCUAACUGCUGUGGAAUCUACAACCAUUCUACUUGUGUCUAA